GCAUCUAAUCUGAAAUCAGAAAUGAUCAGAAGAUUUGUCACACCUUAAAAUAUAAUUAAUAACUGACAAUGUAACGCAGGAUGUGAACUCGAGGAGAUCUUCAGAGAAAAGGAAGUACAGUGAGCUUCCACACAAUCAGUCAUGGCGGACAGCGGUGACAGAAGGCAGGACAGAGAUGAAGAGGGUGAGGAGAAGCUUAAAAUGCAGGAAGCAGCAAGGAAGGUUCUCCAGAAGAAGACAGAGGUGGAAAGCCAAGGAGUAGAACUACAUGAAGUUACUGCAAACUUGAGAGCAAGUAACCAUAGCAUUCCACACCAUGACAACAGUGCAAAUCAGGAUGAUCAACUACCAACAUAUGAGGAGGCAAUGAAUACGAGAGAUCAAAGUCAUGAUGAUCAGGGAAUUUCCUCAUCAGUUGAUGAUCACCGAAUUUCGUCACAAGAGGAAAUUGAUGAAGCGGAGCGUCGUCCCCUACGACCCUCGUAUCGACCUCACAGUCCAGGGGCCAGGAGGGAUUUAUAUAUAGUUCCAAGGACAGAUCAAGAUUCUGCUUCUAAUGAUGUCCCUGAACCACAUAAAACUCCACCAGCUUCUCAUUCUGCCUCAAUGAUGUCAUUAGAAGAACCUCCGACACCCAUACCAGAGCCGUCUCCUGUGGGUGUAUUUACAGUGGAGGAAGGAAGAACUCAAGACAGGGAGGAGGAGUCUGGAUCUCGUCUACAGAAGUUUAUUCGCCGUCGUAUGGAGAACGUAUCGUUUAAUCAGCUGUGCUGUGCUGUCAUUCUAGUGACCGGGAUCAUCUCAGCCAUUGUCUUUUUAGGGGUUUUCCCUGCCAGCUUUGUGUAUUUAGAUUAUCAUAAGAUUGCCAUGAAAUAUAACAAAAUUACUGGUGUGGUGGAUAGAUCCACCACUUAUGAGUUUGGCUGUUAUAUCCUGGGCCCUAGUGUGGGCUUUCUGGAGUUUGAUGCGACUGCCCACACUGUGUCCAAAACUCACGGUGUCUUCACACUUGACAAGCUGCCCAUCGAAAUUAACUACCAUGUGCAAUACUUCCUUAAAAAGAAGGAGCUUGGAGAUCUCCAUAAAGAAUUUGGAGUGGAUUAUGAUUAUGUCAUUAGAAGUGUCAUAGAGAGUGAAAUAAAGAACCUGGCGGUACCUUUCAGUGUGGAUCAGUUCCGAUUACAUCGACCCACGCUGGAGAAAUAUUUUCAUAGAAAAUUAAGAGAAAGGCUGGAAGGAAAUUGCUGUCCCGAUUGUUGUCCAAGCACCUGUAAGAACAUAACCCUGUGUUCUCUCUGUCCUCCAGCUAGUACCUGUGACAGGGCUUUCCACGUUAAUGUGGAGUUUUUCCACUUUGGUAAAGUGGAUAUCCCAGCUGUGGUAACAGAGAGGUACCUCACCAGGACUCUACUCAAGGAAAAUGCUGACAGAGAGGUGUUUAUUCAGGAGAAAAUGGUGGAAAUUAAAAAGACGCUGCGAAACACAACACAAAUACGUAAUACAGCAAAUGAAAUUCAGCAAGCAGCAGUUGCAAAAUCAAGAAAGAUUGGUAUUGAAGCCUCGGUAAACCGUGAAGCAAACUUGACUGCAGCUUACAUUUCUGCUUUGUCGGCCAUGUUUACGAGGUUAAAUGUCACGGAGGAGGAGCAUAAGCUGUCAAUCAUGAUGAUUCGAGCUCUGGAGGAUGUGGCAGUUAAGGGUAACCUGUACAGGACUUAUGGGUACGACAAUGGUACCAUGUCACUGUAUACAAAGAGCAUGUCCAUAGGAUAGGACUCGAAGAGAAUGUUUUUUCUUCUCUCUGCUCAGCUUAACUUACAAUA